CCACAAGAAUGCAGCGUGUCGGGCAAAGAAGUUUGAGAGCAGACAGAGAGCUCUUUCUUAAAGUGUACGGCACAGUGAGAUUGAGAAACUGUGACUCAACUCCUCCUCUUGCAUGCUGAGAUCAGGUACAGCAGUGGAUAUGAGCCGUAUGUGCUGUAUGGGACUGCACAGUUGAACUGAGGGCUGUGUGAUGACUGGAGAGAGACGUCUGGACUGUCCCUGAUCUGAGCCGAAAUGUCAUCAUUGCAUUACAUCUGUGACAGCCAAGGCAGAAGGGAUUAAAAUAGAGUUGGUUCUCCAGUGGGACUGAUGCUCAAAAAUCCACCCCGUAUAAACACAAUCUACAGUCUCUGCAGUCCUCACAGACACAAGAUAUCAAUCAUCACAAGUCUGUGAUUUCGAAAAGAAUCAUCUCAUAAACAAUACUUUGUUCUUAAGUCCCAAAUGCAAGUCUUUUUUCAUAUAAGUGCAAUAGUUUGGGAUUAAAGAAAUAACAACAUCAAGGGUUUAAAAAUCAUCCAUCCAUCAUUGACUGAAACUGGCUUGUGAGAUCUCUUUUGCUCAGGAUGAAACUUGUUACCACAUCAGAGCAUUCACCAGCUCCAAACUGAACUGAAACACUUCGAAAGAUAUUAAAAGUGGAUCAAGUGGCCAAAUUCUCAACCAAUGAUUUAAUCUGAUCUUUACAUUCAACCACAUUAGAUCUGAUCUCUUUAAAAACCCAAGAGGGAUCUGAAGGACUCUCGCUGAAUCAUGGCGGAGGCGAUUCUGCAAUUCUUCAACGACAUCUGUAACCUUGUGGUAGCCAAACACAACCAGAGCAUCCACAACACGAUCUGCCUGGUCGUUCUUCUGAGUCUACCGCUGGUUAUCAUCUUCACAUCGCUGCUGGUUUGUUGUCAUUGUUGUUGCUGUGGUCGUGCUGAUGGAUGCCGGUGUUGUUGCAAAGGUGGAGCCACAGUCACAAACCCACAACCGGAAAAGAAGAAGAGAAAAAAAAAUGGCGACCAAAAUGGUGAAGACUUGUGGAUCUCUGUCAAAACUGAUCCUCUGAACCAUGAUAGAUUAGCACUGACUACAGUGUAAUACAUGAAAUGUUUUGUAUUUAUUGAUUUUUACCGUAUGGUACAUGUACAGAUAGGUACCGAGGGGUUUACUUAACCAUGCCUGAAUGUAAAAAGGAGAAUUUUAAAGGGUAAUACAAAUAAUAUAGCUCCAAAGAGACUCAAGAAAUGAGCUUUUCCAAAGGUACUGCUUUGCAACAAAUGAUAUCCUGCAACUGUGAAGACAAGGGGCCAGAUUUACUUAACAUGACAGAUUAGCAUGAAAGUGCAAUUUCAAAUAAGCACUGAAGAUCAUUUUUUGUGUUUAAUUUACUUACAUAUCUUUUGUAAAUCCUGACAGUAGUUUUUUAGGCAAAACAUAGGCGUUUGCGCUGGCACAAGCUGUUAGUAAAUCUGGCCCAUGAUUGACAAAGCUGAUUUGACACAGUAUGAUCUUACACUUUUAUCACUUGACUCCCAAACACCGUAAUUCAUAAUCCAGUGAAAACAAUUAUAGUGAGCUCAGAUCUCAGAGUUGGAAACUUCAUGAUCACAGCGGUGUGUAAUUGGGGUGAUAAACAAACCUUGAGCUUUUUGCACCUUGCAGAUGCUGUUUUAUUUCCCAGCGCUGUAAUUAGAUGUUUAUGUGAAACUUCAACACUUGAUUACGGGUGUCAUGAACUUGUGAUUUAAAACUCAUCAUUUCUUUUUACUUUCAAUUCAACUGUCUCACAUUUCCAUAGUGUUCAUUGUAUAACUGCCAUUGGAUAUUCAUUGUGUGAUCAGUGUGGUUGGUUGCAACAAACUUGUCCUCUUUAGUUUUGUUUGCUUGUUUGUUUCGGGUACAGUGGGAUCAAAGGAAAACAUCACUUUUUGUUUGUCCAACGAAGCCUAUCUAUAAGUUUCUUGUGUGAUCGUCCAACAUGUGUGAUAGCAAAGCUUUACAGUCCAAUUCUGCAUGUCAAUAGUUUUGAGAAACAAUUUGUAUGAAUAUACUGAAGCAACAUUUCUUUGUUUCUUUUUUUAUGCUGCUUGACUUUUUCAGUGUCUGUUUCUUAUCUUGAACAUGCAAAAUGAAUAAACUUUAUUUUUUAUA